GCGUGUUUGCUGUCGCGGAAGCAGUGCUAACCCUCCUGUCUCGUCAGCCGGUAUGAGUUUCUUGCUGCCUCAGUUAAACAGCAAAAAGGAGGUGGAUGAGGCGAUUAAGACCGUGGCGGAGAAAGUCCUGGUUCUUCGCUUUGGUAGAGAUGAAGAUCAUGUGUGCCUGCAACUGGAUAACAUUCUUGCAAAAACAUCUCAUGAUUUGAGUAAAAUGGCUGCAAUUUAUUUAGUGAACGUGAAUAAGGUUCCAGUGUACACCCAGUAUUUUGAUAUUAGUUAUAUUCCAUCAACUGUCUUCUUUUUCAAUGGGCAACACAUAAAAGUGGAUUAUGGAUCGCCAGAUCAUACCAAAUUUGUGGGAAGUUUCAAAACAAAACAAGACUUCAUAGAUUUGAUUGAAGUGAUCUAUCGUGGAGCAAUGCGUGGAAAACUCAUUGUACGAAGCCCAAUUGAUCCGAAGAAUAUUCCCAAGUAUGAACUUCUCUACAAAGACAUUUAAAUGCCCUUUCUGGAAAUAAAUGGAAGUUGGAAUGGGCACAUCUUAACACUGAUUAUGCCAAGGCUUAUUUGAACAUGUGUCCCAAGUAAGCCAGCAAAAAGAAGUAAUCUUAAUCUUUGCAUGAUCAUAUUGGUCAACAUCAAAACAGACAGAUUUUCUGUCAUUAUUUUCCUUAAAGUUAUAUAUGUCAACAAGUUGCUGACUUUCUAUUGUUAUUAGCUUAUAGCCUAUAUCUUAAAAAUGUGUUAAAUAAAGGUACCUGCUCUAAAGCGAACAAGUAAAAUUCCUUGAACUAUAAACAAAAAUAGAACCUUUUUUACACAAGACUGAAAGACAAAACCAAAUAAAUCAUUUUAUAGAUGAACAUUAAAUAAAUUACAAAUAAAUCACGACUUAGCAUGUGUGAACCCAGCUGUAGAAAUCACUCGUUUGUAUUCUCUUUCCUUUUUGACCUAAAGAUAGUUGUAUUUAAUUAUAUUAUUUAAUAAAAUAAUAAUGUAUGUAAUUGCUGUAAAUAUUUUUGCCUUUGUCCUGCCUGUCCUGUUAAGUUUUCGCUCUAAAACUAUUUUCAUCAGCUAGAAUUUGGAGCCCACGUGAGACAUGUAAUACUAAAAUCUUUAACUUUUAAAGAUGGAAUCAUGCCAUGGAUGCAUCUGCCAGUAGAUAGCCUGCUUCUAUCCACCCCCAAACUUACUACCUGGGUUCUUUGGGGGAGCUAUUUAAUGUCUGGGUUCAUGGUUUCAAGCAGACUGAUUAUAUGAUGGUUGAGGGAGGAAUAGCAGAGUUGUUCCAUAAAGUAGGAGCAAUGAUUCUAGUUGUGAGGAACAGAAUUGAUUGUAAGAUAGAGAACAAUUUAACUGGAUAAUUUAAUCUUUCUUCUCUGUAGAUGCAGGUCAUUUUAGAGCAAAAAUAACAUUAUUAUUUGAUUGUGGUGGAUAAAAUUGAGACCUGGCUAGGAGAAAAGGUGAACUCUAUCUUCUUUUUCUAUUGUGAAGUGGAUUCUGGAAUGUUGGGAGAACAGAUUAUAGCUAUGUUUCCUAAAAAUAGAUAGGUAAUUUUUACCAGGAUGCCUAGAGAGAACAGAUCUUUAUUCUUCUUUCCUUUUUUUCAUAACCCCAGGAUAGGGUGAGAAUUUGUGUAUGGUCCCUCAGUUAUAGAUUUCAUAAAACAGUAUGACUGAUUAGGGACUUGCUAGUUUAUUUGUGCAAUUUCAUUUUAAAACAUUAAUAAGAAAAAUGCAUAGAUCUGUAUACAUACAUACAUGUAUAUGUAUGU